GGGCCUCAUGGGUCCUGACCGGUCCUGACGCCAAGACGAAUUGAUAGGCUGUAAACCACCAGCGGCUAAGUAGCAGUUAUGAGUUGUUGAGUUGUUGAGUUGUAUGGAUAAAAGCGUGCAAUACAUAAUCGCUAGAUCCAAGACUGGAGUGAAAUUAUUUGUCGUGUCACAUACGGCCAACACACGACAGUAUAUUUUGAAGGAACAAGUUGUGAUUGUUGUGAAAGUAUGCUAGCCCAUGAUAUGGUUCAAAUGUCAACUGUAGUAAUGAUUUGUGAAUUUCAGAUUGGAGGUAAUGCUGUACCUGACAGUGGUCCUGAUGGAGAUGCAAAACCCAGUGCAAGUUCAGAUUGCAUGGACAGUAUGGAGACUGAUAUCAACUUCCUGAAGGACGUGAUCAAGCCACAGUAUGGGCGAGCUCUUUACUCUGGGAGGAGAAGAGGUAGACCUAGGGGUCGUGGCUCAAGGGGCCGUGGUCGCAGCAGUUCUGCACAACAUGUUUUGAAUAAGGACAGAGACCUGGAGCAGAGCUCUGAGGAUAGCAGCACUGUGCAGAUUGGAGCGAAUGCUGUAUCUUUUAGAGUACCUGAUGGAGAUGCAAAACCCAGUGCAAGUUCAGAUUGCAUGGACAGUAUGGAGACUGAUAUCAACUUCCUGAAGGACGUGAUCAAGCCACAGUAUGGGCGAGCUCUUUACUCUGGGAGGAGAAGAGGGAGGAGACCUAGGGGUCAUGGCUCAAGGGGCUGUGGUCGCAGCAGUUCUGCACAACAUGUUUUGAAUAAGGACAGAGACCUGGAGCAGAGCUCUGAGGAUAGCAGCACUGUGCAGACCGCCUUAGACACCAUGGAGGAAGAGGACAGCCUUAUGGAUGAAGAAAGUCAACAGUAUGGUCGAGGUGUUCAUUCUGGAAGAAGAAGAGGGAGAUCUAGGGGCCGGGGCCGGGGCCGGGUCUCAAGGGGCUAUGGCCGUGUCAAUUUUGGAUACAGAAUUCUGCGAAGGGAGAAAGUGUUGGAGCAGAGUUCUGAUGUUAAUGACCUUGUUAAGGUAAACUGUUAUAAAUGCAGUGAAGAGAUGCAGAAGAGGUACUUUGAGCGACACAACAGAAUCAAACAUUGUGGGCUUGCCUGGAUUGAAGGAGGUGACCCAAUAGAUUUUAAUGAUGAGAAGCUGUUGAUACGGAUCCUGACAAGAAUCCGCCACACCAAAAAGUUUCUGAUCUGCGAGGAUUGUGGUACCAGCAAGCGGAGCGUGGUGGGCUUCAUCAGUCAUUUACAGUGCUGCCGGAAGUCUGAUGCGGAACGUGUGAGGCUGAAGAUGCCGUGUGAGAUAUGUGGUAGGGUAAUGCUGCCUGCAAGUCUGAAGGUUCACAUGUAUACCGUCCAUAAGAACCCACCCAACGUGGAGGAACCCAUCACACAGGACGAAAUGAAAGUGGACUCCAAAAUGAAGAGGGCUGCUGCCACUAAAGCGGUGUCCCUUAUGCAAGAAUUUAUCAAAGAUGAGGAUAUGGCAGAAGGCAAUGAGAAGCCUACAAAACAUUCAGAUGGGUUAUACGUGAAAGUCGAGUUACGUGACAUCAAUGGCCUCAGAUGUGGUGCAUGGAAGCGCUCCAUCAAACAGUUCGGCAAAAUUUCCUGCCGUCAUAUUGGCUGCAGUUUUGAAUCAAAAACAAUUGAAGAGUCCCUGGAGCACUACUUCAGUUGUCCAAUGGCUCCAAAAAAGGGUUACUCAUGCCGAGUGUGUAGCUUCCACUGUGAAGAUGAGCCAGAUAUGUUGACUCAUAUAACAUCAGAACAUGGAGACUCUCCAGAGUGUUCCGGGAACUCUGGCUCAGACUCAUCUGGAGAAAGUGAACUGAAUAUUGAGAAUGAAAAAGAACCCCUAGUGAAGAAGAUGAAGACAGUGUCAUCUUCUGUCUUGAGAUAUAAACCAUAUGGAAAGAUGAAGACAGCCAACAAGAUGAUGUUCUUAUCCAGAGAGCCAAGUUGUCCUGUAUCUGGUGACAAGCCAUAUGUACCAGCAGUGAAGUGGACAUUGACUUUUCACCUAGAGAACUACAUGCAGUCAUUGUACCCCAACAUUCAUUCUACACCUGAUGACUGGAUACCUCUGACUGCUGCAGCUGCUGCACCUUACCUGCCUAGAACUAAAGAGUCAGUUCAGGUGUCCCAUCUCUCCAUGAAACACAGGGUGCUGGCGUGGCCGCAGAAAGCAGUCAAACAGUGGCAUCGCCUCAAGCUCUUUGAAGCUCAGGUCAUUGAGGGGACUCCAGUGUUUUUUGCUGGUGGUCCAGUUUGGGCUACUGCCUGGUGUCCAGUUCCUCUGCAGAAAGCUAUUCACCAUACUGCACACUUGAACCAGUAUCUUGCAGUGAGUUGUCACAGUCACAUGGAUGACACGUACAUCAGUGGGCGGAGCUACUCUCAUAGUGGGCUCCUCCAGAUAUGGGACUUCGGCCAUCUCGAUCACCAGCAGCCUUGCACCGUCCCAAAACUGGCACUUGGAAUUGCCCAUGAUUAUGGUGCAGUGUGGUGCAUGGAAUGGUGCCCCUCUGGUUGUUAUGAGCCACCAGAUGUGGGGGUGCCUGAAUGCAGGUUAAGACGACUUGGGCUCUUGGGUGCCGCAUGUUCUGAUGGCACCAUACGGAUAUUCUCCAUCUGCUUUCCAUCUGAGGUGCAGGACAAAAUCUGUGACAGUACCCCGAUUUUCAAAGUUGAUGCCAUGCUGACACUGGUACUAGAUGAUAGGCAAACCUGUCUUCUUGGUGACUCAACAUGGCAGUGCACUCGUUUGUCCUGGUAUAAGGGCAAGGGACACAGGAUAAUUGCUGGAAGUUUCACAAAUGGCAUGGUGGCUGUGUGGGACAUUUCAACUGAGUCACCCCUGUUAAGCAAGAGGACGGGUAAAUCAUACAUUAUAUAUCCGUACCACUGUUUCCAGGCCCACAUUGGAGUGGUUUCAGCCAUUGCACUGAGCCCCCAUGGUGGUGGCCGCUACAUGAUGACUGGCUCGUUUGAUCGCACCACAAAACACUGGGAUUUGGAGAAUACCAGUGCACCCAUCACUGUGAACAAGAGAGGGUCUGUCACUGAUGGUGUGUGGCUCACCCACUGGGUGUCCGCUGUGAACUCACUGGAUGACAGCUACUCCUUGGGGCAUGCAAAUGGAACUUUGAACCCAGUAAGGCGUUUUGGGUUCAGCAGUUAUCCUCUGCUGCCUCAGAAUUCAGUGGCUUGGGGUUUGUCAACCUGUGACUGGGUGAAUGCUGUAGCUCAGGGCACAUUGGCUGGGGAACUGACAGUAAUCUUCUCCCACCAACUGCUGAAUGGUAUAGACACAGAGAAAGCCAGGAAGGAUAAUAGAAUGGUCAUUGGUUACAUAGAAGUUACCAACUUAGAAGAUCAGGAAGGAGAUGUGUUUGUGAAUGGCAGCAUUGCAGAAAAAACUGACAGUUUAAAAAAUUCUGCAGGUGUCCAACUGCUGGACAAGACUCUGCACAAGCAUGGUGUGAUGGAUGUUGACGACACCAUGCUUGCCAACAUUGUCCAUGUCAAGCCACUUACUACAGAUAUUAAUAGUUUCUCAGGUGUGAGAUCUCAGUUUAGUUCUGAGCAUCAGUUUUCAGAGCUAAAAAGUACAGAAAGCACUCCAUUUGUGAGGAAAGGCAGCAAUGUUGAUGAGCUGGACAUCAGUACCAUUGGUAACUGUGAUCUGUCUGUGUCUUGCCAUGAGAGUGAAAGGACAGAUGGGGAAGAUCAGAAUUAUGAAGUGACAAACGGCUGUAUUCAGGAUGGGGCUGAGCGUGAUUUCAAGGCUCCUAGUAGAUCAUCUAAUAUCUCACUUGAAAGUGAUGUUGAGUCCAGAAAUAGUACAAUAACAAGAAACUUGCCAUACAGUGUUGUUACUGAAGGUACUACAUUAAGUGACGUGUCACAUGCAGACAUCAGUGUGCCUCAUAGUACUGACAUGGGAAGAUGUUUCAACAGGGAGUUUUCAGAGGUCCCAGAGGACGUGUGCAAAGCUGCUGCAAGCAUGAAAGAAGAUGUGGACAGACGUGAGAAGACAGAUGGUAUGGGACACAAUGAUGACAAUGAUAAAGACAUUGUUGUUGAAACCAAGAAUAGGAAGAAGACUUUAACCCGUGUGAAGUUCAAAUCAUAUGAUGAGGCACGCAAGAAGUGUGGGCUGAUUCUGUGCAACUUCCCAACUAACAAUCUGAAGCACAUGCCAGAGGAAGCUCGUUUGUGGAUGCGACAGUCAGAGAAGAUGAGAACGGUGGAUGUUGACACAUACCCCAUCAGUUCCAUUAACAGGGUAAGCUGGAACCCAAACUGCCGCAGCUUCCUAUGGCUUGCCGCAGGUUACCAUUGUGGUCUGGUGAGGGUACCAUGCAUGAAAGCUAUGCACUGCAAACCCAUUGAGGACAUUCUUCGGCAUGGAGAACGCAAAGUAGCAGAAUUACUGAACGAAGAUUCCAAAAACUUGAUUUGAAGUGACACAGCUUGUGCAAGUCAUCUUGUUUCAAACUUAACAGCAGCAGUUGUGAGGCACAAGUGUGCACAGUGCACAGUCAUUACUGUGUUUCAGUAAGAGCUGUGCAGGGUUUGUUUCAUUUGCACUGCUGUUUCAUUCAUAACGUCUGUCAUGGACUCACUUAUAGUUGAAGGAAAUAAGUUGUGUAAUAUAAUGGAUAACUUUAUUUACUAAAACUAAAAUGUGCGAUUUUGAAAUACAAAUUUUUGUUGAAUUUCUGUUGAAGGAGGUGCAAAAGCAUUCCAUGCUCUUCUCUGUACUCCUGCUUUCAGCGUAGGAGAAGUAUAUGUACUCAUUCAAAAAAUAAUUUUUUUUUCUGGCUUUCAUGCUUCAUAUGCAAAAUAUAUAUGGUAAGAUCAGGUUGCCCCAUCAUACACAUACAAAAGAGCAAUAAUUGUACACCUUGUCCAUUUAGAUCAUAUAAUACAGUUAUGUUUUAUUUUAAGAAGUGGAAAUGUGUUUUUGUUCAAAAAUCAGGAAAGUUUAUGAUAUUUAGAUAAAUCUGUGAAAGUGUAGAAGCUGCUCCAAAAUGAAAUAGAAUUCAUAAUUAUGUACUUAAAAUGAAUUUUGUUGACAGAUACAAAACAUGUGAAAUAAAAUUUACUUGAUUUACAUAUAUUUUUACAUGAA